AUGGCUUUCCAUGCUGAUGAGGCAAAAACAAGUAUGCAACAUCAACCUUGCGCAGCUUGCAGGAUGUUACGCCGCAGAUGUGACAGUAAGUGCGAACUUGCUCCGUAUUUCCCAACCGACGAGGUUGAGAAUUUUGCCGUAGUGCAUAGAGUGUUCGGUGCUAGAAACGUUAUCAAAAUGAUUCAGACGGUUGAGGAAGCAAAGAGAGGUGAUGCAGUUAAAUCCAUGGUGUAUGAGGCCACAGCAAGGCUUAGAGAUCCAGUUUAUGGGAGUGCUGGAGUUAUUUAUGAGUUACAAAAGAUGAUCGAGGAACUUAAGGCUCAGUUGGAUUCGAUAAGAACACGGAUGUCAGAGAUGAGAGAAGAAAAGGAGCAGUUGUUGAGCAUUGGUAACAACUACGAUCCUAUGUUUGAUUCUGCUAUGACCUCAGAUCCAUUUGAUUUUCCUGUGGAAGGUGGCUGGCUAUACAGCAAUAUCUCAACACCCUCCUAG